UGUAACUGAUUGAUAGACAAAACCUGACAUUCUUAACAAUAUUGAGGGAUUUGGGCCUAUUAAGCAUUUCAAUUUAAAGACAUAACUCAGGCAAACUGCUUAUAGGUUCACUAUGGUUGAAGAUAACUACAUGUCCCCCUCUGAGUUUAUUCUCCUGGGCUUCACAAACAGGGAAGACCUGUGGGUGAUGUGCUUUGUCUUAUUCCUUGCCAUCUAUGUGGUUACCUUCAUAGGAAACCUGGGAGUAAUUGCAUUAAUCAGAAUGGAUUCCUGCCUACACACCCCCAUGUACUUUUUCCUAAGCCACUUGUCUCUCCUGGAUGUCUGCUACUCCUCUACCAUCAUCCCUCAAGCCUUGCUGAACAUUCUAGUGGAGAAGAAGGUGAUUUCCUUCAUUAGAUGUGCCACUCAGCUCUUCUGCUUUGCAACCUCUGCCACCACCGAGUGCUACGUGCUGGCUGCUAUGGCUUAUGAUCGCUACAUGGCCAUUUGUAACCCCCUACUCUACCCCAUGGUCAUGUCCCAAAGGCUUUGCAUUGGGAUGUUGGCUGGUGCCUACUUAGCUGGCGUGAUCAGCUCUACCAUACACACGGUUUCCAUAUCUCGUCUCCCGUUCUGUCGGUCCAAGACGAUCAAUCACUUCUUCUGUGAUGGACCACCACUGCUAGCCCUCCUGAGCACCACGGUCUUCAUCCUCAUCUCCUACUUGUCGGUUCUUUCUAUUGACAUGCGGUUGCGGUCUGUGGUUGGUCAACCAGCAUUCU